AUGAGAAUGUGGGUGUGGCCAAGCUUUAGACCAAACUUUCAGCAAGGGCUUUAUGCAAGAGCUCAGACAGGGAAUUGUGCUAACAGAGGCAGUGGAAAUGGCAGCUCAACCAGUUAGUGUGCUUAUAACAGGAGCCAACAGAGGCCUGGGCCUGGAAAUGGUUAGGCAAAUGUUGGAGGCUCCCUGUCCAGUGAGAAAGCUUUUCGCCUGUUGCAGGGACCCAGAUGGACCCAGAGCUGAGGCCCUGCAAACACUGGCAAAGAAGAAUCCUAACAUUUCUGUUGUCCGUCUGGAUGCCACUGACCUUUGUAGCAUAAAACUGUGUGCCCAGCAGGUGGGCUCUUUGGUGGGGACAGGUGGUCUCAACCUGCUGAUUAACAACGCAGGCAUCGCGCCCAAAGGCACUGUGCAGGAAACCAGUCCUGAGGACAUGCAACAUUGCUUCAACACUAAUGUCAUGGGCCCUAUGAACAUAAUUAAAGAGUUCCUGCCUCACCUGCGUGACGCAGUGAAAGCCAGUGGAAUGCCCGGGAUGUCCAUCAACAAAGCAGCCGUUGUCAGCAUCUCCUCACUUUUGGGUUCAAUGGAAGCUUUACAUUCGUAUGCCUUCUUCCCUGCCGCAUCCUAUCGCAUCAGCAAGGCAGGUUUGAACAUGCUGACAGUGUGUGCUGCAGAGGAGCUGAAGAAGGAUGAGAUCCUGUUUUGUGUGCUGCAUCCUGGCUGGGUGCGCACUGACAUGGGUGGAGAGGAGGCGGACAUUGAUCCUCCGGAGAGUGUGCAGGGGAUGCUUAGCGUGAUGGCCUCCCUGACGGAGAAGCAAAACGGUGCCUUCCUGGAUUAUAAAGGCCAAUCCAUCCCAUGGUAGCUUCAUACUACCCCUUCAAAAACUGCAGUCAUUCAGUAAAUAAACACAAGUGAAAUAAACGAAUACUUGUUCUAAUUA